CAAGUUGUUUUCUUUAAAGAAGCACUCAACAGCACAUUCAUAUCACAGCUAAUGGAUGAGUAUGAUACACUAGUCAAUCCAUCAGGUGUAUGCUCUAACUAUCUUCAAAUUGGAGCUACUUGCCCAGCUCCUUCAGUAGCUCCUUCAGUUCUUUGUCAAUCAUCAAUAAACAAGUGUCACCCUAAUGCAAGAUGUUUGCCUGAUGUUGACUAUCAAUAUACUUGUCAGCCACAACCAGUUGUAUGUACAUCAGACUCAACAUGCCAACCAAACUACUACUGCAGCAGUGGUACUAUACCUACUGAUAACAGUAACUAUUACCAAAACUCUGACAAAUCAUUACCAGGUCAAAGUGUCUUUUUACAAGAGAAUUUGAUGCACUUUUCCGGAGAGAGCAUUACCAGAACAAAUGUCCUACCAGUUCACGAAGUCCCAGGUCUUGUCUCAGACCUCACUAUAUUUGCUAUUGUGAAUCAAGAGCCUGGUAAUGAUGGCUAUGUCAUUGGAAAAGGUCUCAAUGAUAAAAUGAGAGACUUUGGUCUUUAUCUGCGUAGCUCAAAAAGUACAAUUUGGCUAGCAUAUGGAUCUGAUGAUAAAGGUGUUGGAUUCCAUGGUAUUGUAUUCUUUUAUGAUGUUAAUGUUGCUGAUGGUAAUGAGCACUCAGUGACAGCAAUCAUUGAUGGUUCUGCUAACAGUGCAUCUCUUUAUAUUGAUGGAGUAUUGAGAGGAUACCAGUGUCCAUUGCCAGUCAAACCAGCCUUCAGACCUGAUUAUAAUAUUCUUUAUGUGGGUGGCAGACCAGGUACUAAAAGGUUUCAAUUCAAAGGUUCCAUCAGAAACCUCUUCAUUGGAUCUAGUGCAUUUCAGUAUGACAAUGUCAAGCAGCUACAUGAUGAUGCAUUUGAUGGUGACAGAUCUCUUUGUCUUGACACAACAGACACUCGAUAUUGUUUACAAUACAUUGGUAGUAAUGAGAGGUGUAUUGUUGGAGAUAAAGAUUUUAGGUCAAUUUAA